AUGGACCACGGCAUUGCAGCGGCCACAGCAGACGUCGCCCUCGCGACCAAGCUCGCAGCUCUGCUGCCCAUCCUCGACGCCUUCCACUACCGCCACCGCAAUCAGCACGCUGCCUCGCACUGGUGGUCUGCCUUCCAGCUGUUUCGUCGCGGCACGCGUUCCUUGGCUGCCGACCUGCGCCGCCACCAGAUGCUGAGUCGGUCGCAGGCCGAGAACGGCAAGAAGAGCACCACCACCAAGACGAGGUCCAAAAUCGCUCAGAGGCAGCUCCUCGCGCGCGUGACCCUGUUCUGUAACCACACCGUCCCCAAAGCGUAUCUGUAUUUGCAGAUGAGACGUGGAACCUUGACUAAUCCAGCAAAUUCCGAAAGCUGCUUCUCUCAACUUGUCGCCGACAAUCAACACGCCACCCUGGGACUCUUACUGCUGAGCGCCCUUGCGAGCAUGAACUCUAUCCUCACCUCCAUAUCGCCGCUCCUCCAAGGGCCCAUUACUCUUGCCUCUGCGACGUAUGACCCAGUACCAGAUAUGCAGCCCCCGGACUCGACACCCAAACAACGGCAGCCCCAACAAGGCCGAAACUUCAACAACGACAAAGGCGUGGCUAUCUCGCGAGACCACAUCCCCGGCCCUGUACCUAAACCAUCCAAAUCGUCAAAUCCGACUCCUAGAGAGGAUACUACUCCGAAGAGCGGCCGAAAGCGCUCCAUGGACAGCAUGGAGAAGCUUGUCGGAAAGCCGAAAAAGAAGAAACCGAAAAAGAAGGACAAGGAUGAGCUUUCCAGUCUAUUCGGGUCGCUGUAA